GAAGGAGGGAAGGAAGGAAAAAAAGAAAGAAGAUAAAGUAAAAUAAAAUAAAGUAAGAUAAAAUAUAAUAAAGUUAUUAAACUAAAAAAUAGUUAUUAAGAAAAAAAUUAACAACAACAAAAAAAAAGCGGACGGCUGGAACCCUAGGACAAAUGGUGGAAGCAAAGCUAUACAGACAAAAUCUCACACAGAAGCAUACACAUACACACUCACAAAAAGAGGAAAUGGGGAAAAAAUCAUAAAUCUUGCUCGCAAAGUCCACCUCCUCAAUUUGGGAUGAUUCGUUGUCUAAAGGAGGGAAGGAAGGAAGGAAAGAAAGAAGAUAAAGUAAAAUAAAAUAAAGUUAUUAAAAUAAAUAAUUAUUAAGAAAAAAAUUAAAAAAAAAAAACGGACAGAUAGAACCCUAGGACAAACGGUGAAAGCAAAGCUAUACAGACAAAAUCUCACACAGAAUCAUACACAUACAUACUCACAAAAAGAGGAAAAGGGAAAGAAAUAAUCCAUCUUACUCCCAAAGUCCACCUCCUCAAUUUGGGAUGAUUCGCUGUCUAUUCAUGUAUUCCACAGAUGCAGGGUACAUCAAGUUGAUUGUGGAGCUUUAAUCCGCUGCUUCUGAGGCUGCUGGGAGAGAUUUCUGUUUCUCUUCUUUGUUCUCACAGCUCCCAGGGGCUCAGCUUUGGAUUUGGCCCCGUCUCUGCGUGUAGGUCGCUGGAGGGGGUCUGUUCUUUGCUCAGACAGGACAGGGUUAAAGGAGCAGCUGCUUCAGGGACUCUGGCUCACUCAGGCCGGGGGGAGGGAGGGGUGCAGCAGAGGCCGCCGUGACAUUGCACCAGCCUGAGGCGCGCCGUGCGUUCUUCCGAGGAAGCUGUCCUUGGAUCCCGGGACCCUGGCAGUGGCGGGCUGCACAGCCUCCCCGGAAGGGAGGUGUGGAGAGUGACCUGUGCUCGCACAUAGGCUUCUUGGUGGCGGCAGCAGCAGCCUUAGCGUCUCAUGCCCGUCUCUGGGGUCCGCGCUUUUAGCCGUGGCUCGCGCACGUCUCUGGAGCUCCUUUAAGCAGCGCUCUUAAUCCCCUCUCCUCGCGCAGCAGGAAACAAAGAGGGAAGAAAAAGUCUCUUGCCUCUUCGGCAGCUCCAGACUUUUCCCCGGACUCCCUCCCGGCUAGCCGAGCUUCACUAACCCCCUGCAGGCUGUGUUCACACCGCCAACCCCAGUCCUCUCCCUGCGCUCCAACCGAAGCACAAGCCUCACCUCCCAGCCCCGCCCGCCCCGGCGGGUGAGCAGUCAAGUCUCUCGGGCUGGUGAGUGCCGGUCGGCAGCGAUCCUCUGUGCGGGAACCUCUCCACUUUGCCCUCCGCACCCCUGUUGCUGUGGUCUCCUCCGCGGCUUCGAAGCUUCCCCCUCUGCCACCCACAGUCUCUGCCCGCGAAGGGGCUUCCUAGUGUGUGGAAACCUUUCCUCCUUCACAGCUCCCUCCCACUGGUGCGGGUCCCGUCCCUAUUCUUUUGUCUCUGUUUAUUCUUUUUUCAUUUGCCCUACCCAGGUACGUGGGCACUUUCUUGCCUUUUGGGAGGUCUGAGGUCUUCUGCCAGCGUUCAGUAGCUGUUCUGUAGGAGUUGUUCCACGUGUAGAUGUAUUUCUGGUGUAUCUGUGGGGAGGAAGGUGAUCUCCACGUCUUACUCUUCCGCCAUCUUCCCCUCGUCCCCCUCUUUUCAUUAUUAAGUGUUUAAACUGCAGAACCUUUUUGUGGCCUAUUUUUAAGAUAUCUAUCAUGUAUUUUAUGUGUGGUCCUCUUCCUUUCUUCCAGAUGCCAUAAAGUAGAUAAGCAUGACUUUUGGAUCAUGCACACUUGAGGGCAGGUCUGAGUUGCUGAAUCUCUGUGUUUGUACUUGAGCCUACACUUUGCAGUCCCCUUCAGGAUCACCGAAGGCCAAAGGAGAACUCUGUCUGCUGAAAGUUGUCCCCGAAGUAGCUGGUGUUGGGUACUUCACUCCUCAGAGUAGAAAAAUCACUGGGGCUUGCUGAGGGGACUGCUAACAAUGGCCUUCCCUCUAGGGGAGUAUGUCAGGAGGGUCUGGCCAUCCCUCCACUUGGCCUGCUUGCUAGUGCCUCUUCUUCCUCAAGGACAUCAGUUUCUUCCCUAUUCUCAGCAACCCCCAACCUCACACCCCACCAAACAUUCUUAGUUGUAGGUUAGGCUAUAGCACCGCCUCCACCAAAGACAACAGGAAAGGCCAGUAAAGUAGGUCAUGUCUGUCCACAGCUGUUUAAUUACUUUGUCGCUGUCAUCCAGGCAAAACUUUAAAAGGUUUAUGAGUAACAUAUUCCCUCCAGGGUAGUUGUCUCCACCUUCAAAGUCACAUGCACCACCCCUCACCUAGCUCUGCCUCACACCUCGUACGCCCAGUUCCCCUGAGCUCUGGCUCCAGCUGCUUCCCCAGCUUUUUUCACUUCCUCCAUGUGUCAGCAUGUAACCACUUGUUCCGGGCCUCCCAGAUCCUUAAGCAGAGUUCAAGGGGAACAAAAUGAUAUGUAAAUGUGAAUUUUUUUAUUAUAAACAAUCUUCAUGUGUCUAAAAGCCAACUAAGUGUUGUAAGUGUCACAGUUUCCAAACAGUGCUGCAAAAUAAUUACAGUUUUAUCAUCAAAGUGAUUAAAAUGUUUUUCUCUUCUUAGCUCAUCUGAGCUUCAUCUCUGAGGUACUAUAGGCACUCCUAGGUGGCAACUCCUAAAGAUGGAAGAUUCUACACCUCCAGGGGCCUGGGUCUCUUCGGGAGGUAAGCCAGGUCCUCACUACUCCUUUGGCUUCCUUCCUGGGAGGUAGGUCAUCAUCAGGAGUUUUUUUUAUUGUAGGUCAAUCAACCGUCAAAGUUACGUGUUGGGGGUAGCAUUGCAAUUUCACCUCUUUCUCUUGGACCUGCCAGAUAUGACAAGCUUCUCCAUUUGCAGCAUUAAGGCAACUGUCUUGGGAACCUGUCACUGCCUCAGGACCCUCCUCACAUCACCUCACAGCAUCAGGGGUCAGAGUCGGGUACCUCUGUGUUCCUCUUGAGCAUGAAAGCCCCAUAGGGUAGAUUUUUUUCCCAGUAUAUUGACUCAACAACACUUCUGUUAGGUAUCAAACACUCAUUUAUUCACAGAUGAGAUCCUACCAUGAUCUUAGUACCAGAGAUACUAAAAUGCUCUCCACAAUCUCUCAGUGUAGUGAAGGAGAUGGAUUUGAAAACAGUAUAUUCACUAUAAUGUGGCAGGUGAUAAGGUAGUUGCACACAGGGACACAGAGAUCAUUUAACCCCAUGUGUGGUCUCAGGGAAGACUUGCAGGAGGAGAUAAGUCACAAAGAUGUGAAAGACCCUGAUGGAGUUGCAGCACCAUUAGCAGUGGCUAGCACUGGAAUACAGAGUGAGAGCCAAUGACCUGCAAGAGACGGCUUGGUACAAACUGAGGGUGAGGAGGUGCCAUUGAAAUGCUUAGCAACAGAGUGACAGUGUCACAUGUGCCUCUUAGGUAGAUGGCUCUGUAUGAAGGGUGAAGCCCAGAUUAGAAGACAGAUAUGUUUAGGGGCCUUGACUAGGGAUAAAGAGAAGGGGAAAGGUUCAAGAAAUAUUUGCACAGUUAAAUUAGCAGGACUUAGUGGCUGAUUGGCUGGAGGAGGAGGGGGAAGGAGUGUUCAUAUGAACUUAGGUUUCUGGCUUUGAUGAGUUUUUGGUAUUUGACCUACUGUUUACACUGAAACUGGUAGAUGCAAGUGGACUCUACACUUUGUGAGUCCCGGGUGAGGUAAUAUAUAUGAAUAUUAAAGGACAUCAAUUCCUCCAUCCAUCAACUUCUAAACAUUUAAAAAUUACGUUAUCUCUUGAUGAAUGUUAUCUCUUAGCAGUUAAGUUCGUUUUAGGCCUGACACUGGGAUUGGGGGUGAAGGGAGGAGUAAGCAGAUUUCAAAGCAGAAUUCUGACUAGGGAGAUUGAAGCUUGUUCCCCAGCUCCAGGCGGCCUGGUAAAGGACAUCUGGGGAGAAGCGGAAAGCAGCCACCUGACAGGAGAGGAGGGGACUGAUUGGCCCACAGGAACCGCCUGCCAGAGGAAACUGCAGUGGGUUUCAUUUCCUCCCUUUCAGCUCUGGACUUCUAUCAGGAGCUUUAUCUCUCUCCUAUUAUAAGCAAAAAUAAUUAAGACCAACUGAUCAUUAAAACACCUUUUCCCCCCUUCCAAAGAAAAAGCAAGACAUUUCAUUUCAAGUGGCUGUUUCCCUCUGAAGUGGCAGUGCAGCAGUACCCUUCUCUUCAUUCCGGGCUCAGCAGAAGUGUAUUUCACCUUCAGCAAGUGGGGGAAUCCCCUCUUCUGUGUGCCCUGCCCACCAGCCUAGGGCAUUGGGGAUCUUGUCCAGAAGCUUGUCCAGAGUCACUGAAGAGAGAGGCAAAGCCAUCAUUCUACCUUGUGCUACUCAGCACCCAUCAGCAAACUCCAGAAGACAAAGAGGGAUAUCAGAUGGCUUCAAGGAGUAACUGGUGAAUGGUUUGAAGAAGUUCAAAGGAAAAAGUUUUGCAAUGAAACAGAUGUUAGCCAAAUGUUAAAACAACCAGUUACAUACAGACUGAGAAAGGGGAUGGCAGAAAAUGAUCCUAUGGAAUUACAAACAUCAAGAUCUAAAAAUAUACCUAAUCAAAGAAACCCAACAUCCGUUCCUUCUCAGCUGAGCUUCAGAUCAUCAUUUGCUUCUCUAUUCUCAUUCAGAAAAUCCAGAAAGGAGACUUUAAAGCUUCAACCACUGGGAGAGAAAGGAUGUGACGACCACAUACCUCCUGUGUCUGUGAGGGGAACUGCUUUGCAGGCAAAAAUAUACAAUUCACCUCUGGAAAAUCAACCCAUUGGCAGUGCAUUUGUCCCCAAGCCAGCAGGCAUGAGGGAGGGAAGUAGCAUGCCUCCGUGGGAUGCUUCACUGCUAGAGGAUGAGUUUUUCCAAGUUUUAGAUGAUUUGGAUGGAAAACUGGCUCAGGAACAGUCUCCAAGCUCAUUGGAUGCCAGAACACCUCUCAACUAUGGAUCAAGAACACAGUUCAGUCGUUUUUACUCCAGUGGGAAUAAACACCGUAAUAUCACAGCAAGGCACAAAAAUUGCUGUAAUGAAACUUCUAAUAUGUCUAUCUAUGACAUCCUAAGACCAGGAACCCCUAAGGAAGGUUUUAAAACCUUUUCUCCUAGAACAAGGACAAUCUGUGAUAUGUACAAGACAAGGGAACCCAGAGUCUUAAAAGAAGAUUAUGUGCAAAAGAAUAUUUUUGGUAGUAUUUCUCUGUAUUUUGACAGCAGACAACAAUCAGCCUCACCAGCUACAGGGUAUUUCACAGCAAGAAGCUUACCUUUUUCAGCCACAACUCAGAUCAAGACUGGGUUUAUACCACCAAGCCACCAACAGAGCCCAAAGAGAACUCCUUUAUCAUCUAUCAUAUGGAAUAGAUCAGAUUCCUCUAGUGAUAGGCAGAACCAGGAAGAGUUCCUGAGGGCACCAUCACCAAUGGAAAUUGACCUUGCUGACCAGUAUAUGUAUCCCAGGUGUUUUCAGGAGGAUAGGAGAUAUGAAUUUUACCAUCCACAGAGUGUUCACCGAAGUGUUGGUUUAAAUGCCCCCAUGAAUAAUGCAAUGAGUGCUGACCCAUUUGAGAACUCAGAGAAUAUGCUGUUCUACCAUGAAGAUAACCCAUUUACUGGGUCUUUCCUUAGCAAUACCUUUGGAUGGAGCAGGGAACAGAGAUUUAGACCAAGUCCUUUUGGGGGCCAACAGGAAAAACAUUCUUCCUGGUCUGACUUUCAUCAAAGCAGGAAACCAUUCACUUCUUCUGACAGAGACUUUGAAAUGAUCUCCAUUGAAGCAAAUAGUGCAUUUUUAGCUGGUCAUUGUCAUAGUGUUCCUUCUCAACACUGGGGGUCAUUUUCUCCUAGGUACAGGACAAAUAUUUCCAGAAACCAAGAGAAGCCACAUCCCUCACAGUUUGAUUCUCAGGCAUCCACACUGGAGAGCAUGGAGGUGUCACAAGUUAAAAGGAACCAGUCUACUUAUUUUAGUGCACCAAAUGUUUGCCCCAUGCCUGGUUCAAGCUAUCACAUCAAAUCUGAUGGGUUAGAAUGUCAACAGGACAGUUCUCCUAUGGAACUACAUAUAAACAAAGAACCUUACUCAUUUGAAAUUGCUCAAACUCUAGCAUCCUCAUUCAAAACUACCUUCCCACAGAUUCCUGAUGACAGAGGGAAUCCUCAGAGUCCCAACUUUCAGAAUCCCACAGUCACUUUGCAGAAAAUUAAGCCUGCUUCUCUUCCAAUCAGAAACUAUACAGAAGUCACUGGGACCAACAGUGAUUCAGUUGAUUCUCCACCUCUGACUGAAAGCCAACCCAAUAUCUUGGUCACGGAAGUGAAUAAUGAGAAAGACUUGAAUGGAUCUGUUUUGGAAAAAGACAAACAACUAAACAAGAUAGACCAGACAACCAUGACAGGUGAAAUACCCCAACUUGUUUCACAGACAGUAAUUUCUAACCCUUUACCUGAUUUUCAAAAUUUCCUCUCUCAGGACUCAGCCAAGAGCAACAGAUUUGUUUUUAAUGCAUCUACGACGAUAAGUUCAAAAAGUUUGCCUGGAGAGAUUUCCAGGAGAGAUAUCUCCAAAAUUCAUAAAGCCAAUGAACUAAAAAAAGAUAAGAGUUAUACUGGGAACAGAAAACUUGGCUCAGCAACUUCCCUUCCUUUCAUUCAGGAAAGCAAAACAACAUCACCUUCUCUCAGCCCAAAUCAAGGUUUUCACCAGGAAUUAACAGUAAGAAAUAAAGAUAUUUCAAACAUUAUUAAAAAUAACCACGGGAGUCCUGAAUGUACUGAUAAUCAAAAUGCACAGUCUUCAGAAAAGCCUGCUGUUUUAGAUACCAAGGAAGAACAAUGUACCACAACUUAUUCUACCAACUGUAGCAAGUCACCUGCCGACCACAAUGUGCCAUGUGAUUCUUUAGAUCUGUCAUCAGGUACACUACCAGAUUCCUUACCAUCAAAUGAUUCUUGCCUUGAUGCUCUGGUGAUUCCUUCUACUGCAGGGUUCUCCUGGAAAUGUCCUUCAAGCAAAGAUCUGUCUCUGGGAGAAAGAGAAGAAAAAGACAAUGAUUGCAAGAACCAAAAUAGUCAAUUUUCCCUAAGCUUCUCAGAAAACCAAAAGAGUAAUGUUAAUUGUAUGCCUGUACAUAAUGAAGUGGUUGAUGUUGUCAAAUGCCAUUCACAUCCUCCUUUCAGGGAUGGAAAGGGAAAAGGAAAAAUAAGACGACGUAUAUCCUAUACCGAAAAAUUAAGCAAAACGGAAAGUAGAUCAAUACCCACAAGUGACAGCAGUAACCUCAUUGAGGGAACUGAAAGCAAUUCCAAGCCUCCUGAGCUUCACACAAUUUAUUGUACCUUACCAAGAAAAUCAGCCAGUUUUCUCAUCAAUAACAGGAAGUCUGAAAGUAAGAAAAUGCCUUCUUCGUUUAGGAAUGAGCAACUUGCAUUCCAAAUCAAAAAUGAUGUGGAAGAUACAGUAGGGAAGUACACAUCAAACAAAUUCAGUCCCAGUUCUUGUGAGUCAGAGAGCAAAUAUUUCGGAGUAGUUUCAGACUCAGUCUCAAUACCACCUGAAGCCACAGAGGAGAUGACAAAUAUGACAAACAUUGGAUCUGCUUCUGUUAGAAAAGGACCACUUCAAGUCCUCAUCAAGAGGGCUGUGUCAUGUCCCUCAGGGGUGCCAUAUGCCUCAACUGGAAGAGAUGAAAGAAAAGAAGGUUUAGUCUCAGAUACAGAUGCUUCUAUUAUAACACUAAAGCCUUGGGAGAGACUCAUUAACCCUCUGGGAAGUGACUCAUCUGUUCCGGAGUGUUCUUUAAGCAAAAGACACCACCAGAAGGAAUACUUUCAGGAAUGCACUGAAAAGAAUGGUAGAAUUUCUGCCUCCAGGACAGGUAUAUUUUCCCAUCCAAAUGAACACCCUUUACCUUUUUCUGCAGAUUUGUCAGGCAAAGAAAGUGGGAAAACAUUACAUAAAUUUAAGACUACUAGCAUGUUUUCUGUUUCUGGUGAUGAAGAUAAUGUGAAAUGUCUUGAGGUGAUUUCAAUAUACUAUACUCUACCAAGGAAACACAGAAAAAAGUUCUGUAACCUUCUUCAAAAGUAUACACAAAAUAUCGAUUCACUUACAGAAUCAACUAAAGUGGGGACUGAAAUAUCUCCUAAUGCUUUAGAAAAAGACAAACUAAAUUGUUCUACACACGAGCAGUCAGGAACACCUUCCUCUAAAGAUCUAAAGAUGCAGGUCAGCUCUGCUCAGGAGAACAGCCAUCUUUCUCACACCACUGAAAAUAUGACUGGUUUACAAUUACCAAGUUUUAGGUCCUCAGAGCCUACAUUACAGGAAAUUGCUUCUAUUGAAGCAGAUGUUUCUCUUCAUAAAGGAGAACCUAAAUCUAGAGAGGUUUCCCCACACAACUUAGCUAAAACACCUUUAUGUGAUUCACAAAGCAAGAAAGAGAAAGGGGGAAAAUUGCGAAGUGAAACCCUGUAUACUUCACUAAUGCUUCAGGGAAAAAAAGUUACAAGAGAGAAAUCUGAAAAUUGUCAGCAAUCCAUUAAAUCAGGUAACAGUGAUUUUUCUAACCUCCCAGCCCAUUCAGAAGAGAAUGUUGAAAAUUCACAAAUUAUUAGAAGUUCUGGGGAGUGUACAAGUAGUGCUAUAACCAUUACAGCUACUGGAAGUCUUCAGAAAGAUAUAACAGGUAUAGCUAUAGAUGAUAGCUCCAAUGGAUUGCAGCCUGGGGAAGUAAGAGGGGGAAUUAGAAAAGAUUUCCCAAAAAACCCUGAUAAACCACUUUCUGACUCAGAAAGCCAAGUCUUUGCUCUUACUCCAGCCUUGCAUAAACUACAGCUUGAUGAGAAGACUUGUUCAAGUGAACAAGAUUUAGACAGUUUACAGUCUGAACCCAGAGAACUACCUCAAAGAAGUCAGGAGGUAAAUAUGACAGAGAGCAAGGCUAAAGAUGAAAUGCAGGAGUUGGCAUGGAAUCAACCUUCACUUCUUGAAGGAAGUAAUAAAAGUAAAAAAAGCUUGGAUGACCUAGAAAAAGGGGAAAACAGAUCUUCAGUUAAACACAGAUUGGCAGUUAUGUCCAAAGCAAGCAGAAAAUUUCCAGCUGAAGAUUUAUACCCCAGAAGACAUGUAACUACUAUCUUUCCUCAAAGUGGGAACAAUUCUGGCUUUAGCACCUUAUCCCCUGGCACACCAGAGUGCAACCCACACUCCCCUGUGCCUACGUUAAAGUCCACAGAAUCCACAGAUGAAAGCAGGUUAAGUAAUGAUGGAGUAAAUGUGGAGAAAUCCGAGGACCCUCUCCAGGUUACUGCAAUAACCAACAGAGAAACUUCUACACACUUAAGCAAUCAGAAGUCUAACAAUAUUUCACAGCCACAUCAAAAUGAGUUUAAAAAAAUCUCAGAAUCACAACUAAAGUAUGAGAAUUCUAAGGAUGUAACAGUAGCUCAGAUUUUGGAAGGAGAGUCAGAAGCCCUGGCCCAACCCUCAUUGAUCAGCCUCAGGGAAGCAGAUUUCCCUGACCAUCAGAGGGGGCUGAACCCUCCUUUUCAAUUGGAGCCUGCAGAGAAAUCUACAGUAAGCAUGCCACUGGCCAGUUUUCAGCAACAACAAAGGAGUGCUUCAUCUCUGGAGUGGGAACCUGAGCCACACCCCUAUCAUUCAAAGAGUUUAAAAAGCAUCAAUGUGCACGGUGCUCUACUACGAAAAAGUCAUCCUCCAAAAUUCAGAGAGCGUCUUUUUUCUGAAAGUACUUCUAUUGACAAUGCCCUGAGUCAACUGACCCUUGGGAAUGAAUUCUCUAACAACAGUGGGUACAGUCGAAGAUUCAAAUCUUUUUCUGAACUACCCUCCUGUGAUGAAAAUGAAAGUUGGGCUUUGUACAACAGCGGGCCAAAAAUGGGUCCUAGGUCUGCAACAUCUAUAUCCAGACCUAUUGACUAUGGGAUAUUUGGGAAAGAACAACAACUGGCUUUCUUGGAGAAUGUAAAGAGGUCACUCACACAAGGAAGAUUAUGGAAACCAAGUUUUUUUAAGAACCCUGGCUUCCUGAAAGAUGAUGUAGUUAACCCUCCUAACCCAACAGAGUCAUCAAGUUCUAAUUCUCCUAGUAAUCAGAUGCCAAAAGAUGGCUUAUCUCUAAGUGCACCACUUAAUAUCUAUGAAGAUGAUCCAGUAGACUCAGAUUGUGACACAGACACAACCACGGAUGACGAAUACUACCUGGAUGAAAAUGACAAAGAGUCAGAACUGUGAAGCUUUUUCUAUAAAAUGUAUAACCUUUUCACCAAAAGUUUGUAAUGUAGGGCUUCCCUGGUGGCGCAGUGGUUGAGAGUCCGCCUGCCGAUGCAGGGGACACGGGUUCGUGCCCCGGCCCGGGAAGAUCCCACAUGCCGCGGAGUGGCUGGGCCUGUGAGCCAUGGCCGCUGAGCCUGCGCGUCCAGAGCCUGUGCUCCGCAACGGGAGAGGCCACAACAGUGAGAGGCCCGCGAACUGCAAAAAAAAAAAAAAAAAAAAAAAAAAAGUUUGUAAUGUAAAUAAAGUGCAAAUAUGUAUGUCUACAGAAAGGACAGACAUUAGAAAAAAAAAAUAUCUAGUCUGGGCAGUUCCUGCUCUGAAACAAUCCAAAUUCUCUUUUUUUCCCCCUCCACACCCUAUAUAUAGACUUCCUGAAUUCUAGAGCAAUGAAUUCUUGUUUAGAGGGAUUCUCUGCUGUUUUCUUCCCCUGUAUAUAUCCUUGGCCUUCUGCCACUCAGCCCAAACUUAAUCUCUAAUUCACUGUCCAGUUUUGGUUUUCUGCUCUAUUUUCCCCCUAACUUUCUUAUACCUUUCAUGGUGAUUUACAACUUUAAUAUCCCAGCACAACAGCAAAACUCUGUCUUGCCUCUUCCAUACCUUAUAUUCAUGGCAUUUAAUAAAAUAUAGGGUGAUAACAAUGGAGUAAGUAUUAUUAUCUUGUCUGACUCAUCAACAUUUAGGAGGUUUAGAGUUUGGGUUUUUUGGGGUUUUUUUCUUUUGAGCAAAGAUAAGGCCAUAUCUAUAAGGACAUCCUGUUUUAUCCAUAGCGGAGCCAGGGAAACACAUAUUUGAAGUGCUUGAGAUAGUAGGUGAAGAGGUAAAUCCCUAGUAAGCCAAAGAACAUUAGUACUUCUAGGAAUUCCUUUGAAAUAGUUUCUAGGAUGGUACAGAAGGUGGCUUUGCCACAGAAUUUCUGCUUAGGAAGGGAACAUAACUGAGGGGUAGAGAUAAGCAGACAUCCCUUCAUGAGACUGACAUCCUUACUGCAGCUCUCUCUGCAACUGUUCCUUUUUUCUUCCAUUUCUCCAGAACCAUCCAUUUAAAUUUUUUCUUUAUUUGCAGGAUAGAACACUUUUUUCCAUGUGAGACAUUUUAGUUGCAAAUGGUAGCCUUGGUCAAGUCCCUAAAGUACUACCAAGUCAGAUCUGACACCUUGGGGUUCACAGGCUUCUUUGCCAGAUCAUUUACCAGACCCUUGGAAAUUAGAAGGCAGAACUUCUAAGGGCUCGUCACUAUGAUUCCUUCAAUAAUUUAUCUAGACUAAAUAACUUGUCACACCCACUGAUAACUUGGCUUUCCUAACUCUUUAUUUGCCAUGCGGAAUUUUUGGGGUUUUCUCUCCUCCUAAUCAGCAUAAAGACCAAUAAACAGGUGGCAGUGAAGCUAAUCUGCUAGAACUACAGAAAUCAUGCUAUCCUGGAUCUUAGUACUGUGAGGGUCAGCAUGAAUGGAUUUCAUCUUGUUUGGUUUAUAUUUGCUUCCUGGCCUCAUUUUAGUUUCCAUUUUUCUCACCUAGUUUGUUUCAUCCAUAUAAAUUAAGGAUAAUGAUAGGUGUUGGGGAAGUAUGCAGAAGUUUGGAACUGAUAGAAAUGCAAGAAAGGACUAUAUUAUUAUUAUCCUCCUAACCAUUGCCUUGCCUAGAAGCAAAAUGCCAGAGCUAGUUUGCAUUGUUCCCAUGAAACUCAAAACUAAGGAAAAUGAGGUAAUUACAUGAAAGCUAUUUCUUCAAUCUAUACAUUGUCUUAAACUUCAAGCUCUGGCCAAUCCUGACCUCAAAGAGACUGACAGUAGAAUUCUAAAUCAACUGUUCUAAACGUUUCCAUUUAAAUUUGUAUGGUGAAGAACAAAUAACAGUUUAUUCUUUGUUUCAUGUAUGUUUGUAAAUUCUACCUUCCUUUUUCUAUUUAUCUGAUAAUUUAAAUAAAAUUCAUAAACCAUGA